GAAGUUUAUGAUCCGACGCGUUGGUAUAGUUAGUUCGUUACUUUCAAGGUAAUGGCGAUUAGGAGGAGAGCGGAUGUCUUGGAUCCAGAUUUUACUGUUAUAAGACAACAAAUAACCAAACUAAUGCAACAUAAUAUUCAUGAUUGUAAAAGCUUUCUUUUGAUGCUAAAAUCAUUGUUUCCCAGUUCUAUAAAGCUGGAAGUAAAUGUCUAAUAAUGUAUCACACUUAGAUAAUUGAGUAUGAACUUAUGCAAGAGUAUGGAGAUGCUACUUUGGCUGCUGAAAUUUUGUGUCGUCUGUAAUCACGUCUAUAUCAUAUUAAUCAUAUAGGUAUGAAACUCAAAGGCAUCUUGAUAUGACACAAAUCGAACUUCUUAGCAAAAUAGUUAAGGAUCCUACUGAUAAAGUGUGUUGUGAUAUAUUCUCACACAUCAACCCAUCGCUACAGAAGGAUUUAACAUUGUCUUACUUCAACCAGAUGUCCGACAUGCUGAGAAGAGCGGAAAGCAUUAUUUUCCUACUGAAUCUUAAAGAUGUAGUCUUUUACCCUCAGGUUCUACCCAUACUUUUGGCACUGGCUUAUCAAAGCCUCAUAGACGGUGAGCUCACCAUGCAUAAGAGUAACCGAAUAUCAGCCACCAGUGGUAUAAUGUGCCAUUCAUCAUCUGUAGACAAAUAUGGAACGUUAAUAAAAAAUGAAAACGUUGACGAGGGUGAAGAGGGAGAGGUAAUGGGAUGUGAUGAUGAGGACGAGUUUGCGGAUGAUCUUGACAAUCCAACUCCCGAGAUCGGAGAUAGUCCUUGGACUGAUAUAUAUGGUUCAGUCCUGAAUGUUUAUCGUUUCAAGAUAGCUUAUGAAUUGCUUCCACUAGCGUACAAGGCUAGUAAUUCCACGAAAAUGGACAAAAAUGUCAUUUACAAGAUUUCGGUAACUGCAAUAAAUUUUCUGGUUACAUACAUAACUCAUGUCCCAGCAAACCCGUCUAUCGAAGGAUUAGAAAAAAAUGAGCUAUCAGCCAAGAAGGAUCCGAAAACUUACAUAACAGAUUGUUUAAAAAUGGUAGGGCAUUUAUUACAAUGGCCUAUCGCUACCUUCGACUUUACAUCUAGUAAAACUGUAUCUUAUCUUGUACAGCAGACUAGAAACUUGUUUCGGGAGGCCAAGUCUUCGUGUGAUAGUGUGUCAACAAAAAGAGACUCGCGAUCUGGUCGUAAAUUGUCUUCAUUCUCUCUAAGUCAUAAGUCUCAUGCCAUAGUUUUCCAGGCUCUCUGUAUGUUUUGGUACACACUUGUUGAUUUAGGCACAGCUUAUUUGCACAAAGUCCACAACGGGAUAUUCGACGGUAGUGUAGGAGAAAGCACUUUACCUAGAGUUUUAUAUUUGCCUAUUAACCUAGAUAUUCUAUUCAACUCAACUUCUCAUAAAAAUCUUUCUUUUGAAAAUGAAGCGAUGAUUCUCUUAAAGCACAUACAUGAAGUCUGGGGUCUUCGUGAAUAUACUUCCGCGUCAUACUCGUUUGGCAGCAAGGAAAUAGAUUCGUUGGAUAAUAUCCAUCCUCACGCAAAUAAUUUAUCCGAAUUCAACCAAGAAACACUGUUUGAGCAAAUUAUUCGUUUCCAUUUAGCCCUAAGUGGCCUGAAUAAUAAUUCACAGGAAAUAAUAUGGGCUUAUAAUUUUAUAAACAAACUCAGUGACCAGUUGGAGCCAUUUUCUCUUACAUCCUCUAAAUGUAACUUAUAUAAUAGAGCAGAGCUUAGGCUUAUAUCCUGGAUUCUUCAGAUGAUUUUAUUAUCUCAUGACCACGAUAAAAGUAAGGUCUUGAUAAAGUCAGAAGCUCGUAAUGGGUUGUGGGAUCAAUUCCUUCAAGAUUUCAAAUCUCUGUUAUUACUUAUUAACCAGAGUAAAGAUGAGAAGAUUUGUAUCCAAGACAUUUGUCCUCUCGUACCAUUCACUCGUCAGUGUGUAGUUUUUGUCGUGUCAAAAACAAUAGCAAGUUACCUGUGUACUAUUUCUCGACAAACGACAAACCCGACUCUUGCUGUCGAUUCCGCUUGCUUGGCAUGUAUACUUUGUCAAGUCGAUGGAAAGUUUGGUGACAUUUCCCAUCCGGCUGUUCACUGGCCAUCUCUGUCUCCGUACUUCUCGGAAGUAAUACAUACUCACUGGGUUGAUGUACGAGACCGUUUUUUAAAGUGGAUCAUAUCUCCUCAUACAUUCAUUUUCGACGUUGACCUGUUGAACACUAUUUUUCGAUUGGAAUCAAAUGUUGAGGCAGGUACUGACUGGUCAGAUCGUGAUACCUUUUUAUCGCGUUGCACAAACCUCGUUCAGUCCAAACCACCUGACGCAGUAGAUUCAGUUCUUGAGGAGUUCAUUCAUUUAGAAUCUUCAAAUAUUUCGAUUUGUCUAGCAUCACUUCAAUCAUAGAAGAACAUUUAGUAACCCUGUAUCAUAUAAAAAUCAUUUUAAUAUUAUCUUGAUUUGUAAAUGUACUUUGACUAAAUGGGUUUGUUUACUUUCAGCUAAUAUGCACUCUAGUAAUAAUUUUACAGUAAAUAUAUACUUUACUAUUUAUUGUAACCUAAUUCGUAAAAUAUUAAAUGUUUAUAACCAUUAUUUUCUUUGGGGUUAAACAAAAUGAGUAUGGCUUCUGGGAAAAAUCAGUCAUCGAACAUUAUGGAUAGAGCUGUGCUAGCUUGAUAUAAUUAGAGUAAAGGGCCAUUAUUCAUUUGCCGCUAAGUCAGGUCCUGUUCCUCGAACGUUUAUUCUCCAAGUCUGUAAGUGACUUACUUUCUCGUGACCUUUUUGUGGCUUCAUUUCUUAACCAAAAUGUUUCUCGAUCUUCCACCUGCUUAUUAUACUUAUCUAUACAUCUAUACUUAUGUGUCAGUUUCAUCUACCUCCAACAGAUCUGUCAUUUCAAAUUAGAUUUCGCUAACAAAAGUUAAUUGUUCAAGAAUGAUAACAAAGUGAAACCUGAUAUCCUCAAAGUUUGAGGAAGCUUUCUCUGAACAACAUGGAUUUAUUGUUAGACAUUUUUGGAGCCAAUAUCAACUUCUGAAUUUUUGACUACUUAAAGGCCAUAUUUACAGGCUUUCGAUCUUGAAAUUGCGUGAUAAGAAAGGAAUGGCAUUUCUUGAUUGUAAUUGGGUUACAGUAACUUAGUUCUGGACUCCUAUUUAAAUUCUAUAUAUUUACUUUAUGGAUGAUUUCAGACAAAUAUUUUUUAACAUUG